AUGAACCACAACCAGGAAACUUCCGCGUCCAAGGCACUGUUACCUCCGCCGGAAAUGGACUAUGUCAGUCGUGAGGAGCUGAUGAGCGCGGUUCAAAGUUUUGCACGCGCUCAAGGCUAUGCGGUUUCCAUCAAGCGUAAAAAUCCAUUACCGGCGGAGGUAGCAUUGCCUUGGAUGCGGAAGUUUCCUGGUUGUGGUUCAUGA